AACGCUGUGAUAUAUCUCAUUUCAUUCAGUAACAUCUAAUUUGGUAUCUAUCCUCUGCGGUUUGUUGUUCUUCUAGUAUAUUCGAUUGGUGGAACAGUGAUCAGUGUCUUUAUUGGAAGGGGUUUGGUGACAUUAAACUUCUUGCAAGAGAAAAUGGAAGCAGAUUUUCAUUAUGGACUUGUGCGCAUUCGAGAAAAUGCUGAAUCGAUAGCUUUCUAUAGUGGUGAAGCCAAAGAAAUGCAACAUUUGCUUCAAUGCUUCAAAAGUGCUUUUGAGAAUCUGACUCAAUUGUUGAUAGCUUCAAGAAAUCUUGAGUUUUUCACCAGUGGAAAUUUUGAGUUUUUCACCAGUGGAUACUGCUAUCUUAUUCAAAUUCUUCCUGCUGCUGUCAUUGCUCCUAUGUACUUCUCUAGAAAAAUUGAGCUUGGUGUCAUUAAUCAGUCAGUAUCGGCUUUUAAUCAUAUCCUGGGAGACUUCUCCCUCACCGUGUACCAAUUUCAGUCUAUAAGCGCAUUUUCAACAGUAAUUGAUCGACUUGAUGAAUUUGAUGAUUAUUUGGAUAUCAGCUCUCAACGCCCUUCUGACCCUGCAGAAGGGAUAAGUUUUACGUAUAGUAAUGUUAAAACUUUAGCUGAACUGGAGCCAAAUGGAUCCAUACCCAUAGAUAAGCAACAAAAGCUACUGGACAUAGAGAAUUUGACUGUGCAAACACCAAGUAGCACUACAUUGGUUAGGGAUUUAUCAUUGGUAAUCAACAAUAAUGAGAAUCUAUUGGUGACAGGACCUAGCGGGAGUGGCAAGACUUAUUUGUUAAGAAUUUUGGCUGGUCUUUGGAGUGCUGGAAGAGGAGAGAUUACAUUCUAUGUGGAAGAUGAAGAAGAGAUUGUACCAUCCAAUUCUCCAGGUGUAGGUCCUCUUGGUACUGCUAAUGAUAAAUAUGGGGAACAUGAAAGACCCUCAAAUAGGAGUUUUAAGGGCAUAUUUUUCGUUCAUGUGAAGCGGAAAGACGAGCAAUCUCAGCAAAAUGAGGAGUUAGAGACGGUCAAAGCUGGUGCAGCUCAACAAAAUGAAGAGUUAGAGGCAGUGAAGGUUAGAGCCGCUCAACAAAAUGAAGAUUUGGAGGCACUAAAGGCAAGAUAA